AUGGCAACGAAUACUACCAAUAUACCUGGAUGCAUUAUUGUACCAGUGUUAUCUCAAACAGUGGAAGUUACCGAUUCAGUUUGGACGACUGUUGCCGCAAUCAUAGGGAUUGCUAUUGGAGUUGCAUUCGGUGUUAUCAUAAGUUAUGCUCUUUAUCGCUCUUUUAACCAGCCAAAGCGCAAUUCUGCUGUAGUUAUGGAGGAAGGAGCAAUCACCAUGAAAUCCUUUAGUAAAAAGUCAUCAUCUAAUAUUGAGAAAAAACCGUUAUUGGAUGAGAGCUAUAAUGCAGAUAUGAGAGAUUCAGCGCAAAACUCAGUGGUAGAAAGUUCUACGGCUUUACCUUCGCCUAAAAAGGAUCACGACAUUAGCCAAAGCUUAACCGCAGUGUUUACACAAUCCACAAGUCAACAAAUAGAAAAUGAACUUCAAGAACAAGAUCUCCGUUAUUUAACCCAUUUAGAAACUGCAAUGCACAAGGAAAAGCAAGAGACUUUUAUCCUACUACUCAAAGCGGUUUUAGUGACAUUGCAAGAGCAAGGUCAUAUUGCUGACAACGAUGUUAAACAUGUCAUUACAGAUUAUGAACAGUUUAUAAGCGAUGAAAACGAAAAUAUUACAAAUCAAAAGCAGAUUAAGGAGAAGGAAAUUGAAGGAAGAUUUGGUACUAAAAUGACUGAUGAAAAAGAAGAGGAACUAGAAGAAAUCUACAAACAGCAGAAUAAGAAAACGGCUAAAAUAAUCCAAAAUUGUAAAGCUAAAGCAUCAGAAGACAUACGAAUCAUAGCAACAGAUCUUUCUGAAGAGCAGAUAAAUGAAGUUAUGGGACAAAUCAUUACCAACAUGACUGUAGUAGACAAGAAAUACCAAGAAGAACUGAAUCGUCAAAAUCAGAUUUUAGUCGAUCGCUUAAAUAAAAGAAAAAAUGCCUUACAAAAAAUAAAUCAACUGGAAGAAGAGGAAUUAGAGAUUGUCACUGUUCCUGUUAGCAAACAUAAGGACAUUUUUAAUAAGCUCAAAGCUGACAAGAAAUUAACCGACGAAAAUAUUGCAAAAAUAGAAAAGAAUUUUGCUGAGCAGCUCGAAAACGUGCAAAAACGAUUAACUGAAGAACGCGAUAGAGAGCAAGAGAUGUUAGUGCAAAAAUUGAAUAAAAGAAGAAAGAAGAAAAUGAGACAUUUAAAUAUCCAGCAUGGAGAAGAGAAAGCUGAAUUUGAUAGAAAGAUCCGUGCUGUCAGUUCGGGUGCUGUCCCAAUUACAGGCUUUAUUGCAGAAUACCAAGAAUUGUUAACGGAUCAACGAAGACAAAGUCACGAUAUUUCUACCCAAUUAGACGAAAAUGAAACUCGUGAAUUUCACGACUUGAAACAGAGAAUGAACUUAAAACUACAAGAUCUCAUCGCUGAAAAAGACUCCGAAUUUUUCUCUGGAUUGCGAGAAUUGGCAAAAUUGAGUGAUAAAGAAGCUUCUAAGCUCAUGAAAACUUAUGAAGAAAAUGUCAAUGAAUUGCGCGCUAAAUUGGAAGAUGAACGCAGUCGUCAACAAGCUAAGCUUAAGGAGAGGUUGAAAGAGAAAAAGAAGAAACAAGCCGAGAAAGAAAAAGAUGAGAAACUUGAACAGCAAGAACUUAUUGAAGAACAGGAAAAAGCUUUUAAUGAAGUUCUUAACUCUCAAGCUGACCUGUCUGAAGACACUAAAAAUCAACUCCUAAUGGAACAUAAGCAAAAAGUCAACGAAUUAAAUAAUCAACUACGAAUAACAAAAAUGAGACAGCAUAAAAGGCUAGAACAACGUUUAGCAAAACGGCAAGGGAAAAUAACUGAUCUUAGAAAGGAUCAAGCUAAGGAACGAGCAAAUAUGAGCAACUUAUCUGAUGAAGAAAGGCGCCAAUUAUUGGAACAACAGGCAAGUUUAUGA